CUCCACUUCUAGCCAUCUUGCUUCAUUUCUUUAUCUUUUUAUUUCAUUUAAUUCUCCUAUCCUCGUCUGAUCUCAUUUUGUAUUUCAUAUUGCAUUCAUCAUAUCAAUCCAGCAUUUCUUGACACUUCAGUCCUUUUUACACUCUACACUUUGCCCUUUGUCCUUCACUAAGGACCCUUCUUCCUUCCCUCCUGCAUCUAUACCUUAUUUCACUCCGAUAUCCUUUUUUUUCUUUUAAUACGACACUAUUAGCAUCAUUUAGCAUCAUUUAAUACCAUAAUUUCCUCAAUGGCGGUCUCUUCUCCACAACAUCCUUCCAUUCCGCCUCCGGCUCUACCGCCCAACGCACUACCACGAUCCACAAUCUCACUUAAUUUUGCACAAGGAGGAUCAACAUGUUUACUGCGGCCGAAUACUGUUGUUAGAGGCCAAGUUGAAUUGAAGUUGAUCAAACCAUGCUAUGCUUCUGGCAUCCGAGUCAAACUCAAAGCUGAGGAAAGUGCGAUCGUGCUCGGUCAAGAAUCGAAUGGAGACACCGUCCGACAGAAAUACCGACAGACUGUCAUCACUCUUUUUGACACUGAAGUCAUGGUCUCUGGCUCGGAUAAUAACGAUAAUGAGCUCGCCAAUUGGACAGAGAUUGCCCCGGGCACUCACACCUUCCCUUUUGCCCUCAAAGUCCCUAAUGUCAAUUUUCCUCCUUGUAUUCCUGAUCUCGAGGGAUUUACUAUUCGCUAUAUCUGGACUGCGCAUGUGGAUGGACCGUUUGAGCCGUCUCUGAGCUCCGAAGAAGUUCUCUGCCAAUUCAUUCCCAAUGUCCUUGCCCCAAAACCAAUGGAGUGGACAUACCAUGAUAUCGUCGGUGCUGCUAUUUCCAAAAACAGUUCGCAUCAGCUUCACAAGCAAGCCACUGGUAUUGCACUCGACAUCAGAAUGCAUCAACAGAUCUAUGUUCCAGGCGACCCAUUGUCAAUGGCCACAACAGUAAUCAAUAAUAGUCAAAACAAAGUUGUGGGAAUUGAUGUUGUUUUACGCCGUACAGUCAAGGGCACAUUCACCACUACCUAUGCUAAUCUUAGCAAUCAGGUCCAGGUCGAUAUCAUGACUAAUUCGGUCGAGUGCAAGGUUCGACCAGGUGAGACAGGUCAAGUCGAUAUCUUGACCACAAUUCCACCUUCAAGUGUGACCCAUUCCAUUCCGACUUUUGAAUCCAAUUUCCUCAAGGUCUUUUAUGAAUUGGUAUGUAUCGUUCGUGUCAAGCGAUCCGUCUUUGCUGGUGGAGACACAAGCUACCAAUGUACGAUCCCUAUUCCUAUUGCGACCCAUAACAUUGAUAACCCCAUGAUCAAUGGCCGCACACCUCGAUGGACAAAGAGCAGAAUGCAACCAUACUUCUUUGAGCCGUCAUGGUCAGACCCUGUAGGUGAUCUGCCAGCUUUCUUGGCGAACGAAGUUAGUCUUCCAGGGACGACUACCCCCCUAACAACUGGGGGAACUUCUCCUACAGGCACAGGGCGUAAUGAAUCGCCUACAUCUACUCCUUCGCCUGCUUCUGCUUCUGCAGUCUCACAAGCAGGUUCACCAGGAACAAGCUCAAGCGCAAUGCAAGAGUUCUUAAAUGGUGGGUCCGCAGAGCUGUAUCGUGAGAGAACUUUAAAGAAGAGUCUGACAAGAAGCAAGAGUUUGAAAGACAUCCAAUCCUCACGGUUGAAUGGGUCAUCCUGGAGAGCUGAACGUGACCAGUUAUUGAAUCAAAGAAAUGAGAUCGUAGCAUCUCUUUCAAAUAAUAAAUCGAUCACGGACCUAUCACAAGGACAAGGUAGCUCUAACAGCAACAAUAAACGAUCACCACCACUUGGCCCCAGAAGUCGCCCAUCCAACGAGGAUAGGACUGGAAGCUUGACAUCGGUUGAUAGCAAUGGAAAUGUAGGAUAUACUCCACCACCCCCAUCCUCCAACUCUUCCUCCCGACCGCCAAAGAGCUCAAACCGGGACAUGACGCUAGAACAGCAGGCAGAGAUUGCAAAGAAAGCUAGCCGUCGCAUUCUUCCCAAUCAAGGCUCAUACACCAACGAGGGUAUCUUGCCGCCAGAGCUCGCCAACACAGAAGGCUUGAGCAAUAGUAACAGCAAUAAUAGCAAUAAUAGCAGUGCAAACACAGCCAACAAUGACGGCAACAACAAUGCAGCAUAUCCUAUGCCUACACCUGGCAGCCAAGCCUCUGGUAGAGUCGUUCCUCGCAGGAACGCAUCGCUGUCACAAAGGACUCAUCAGAGCAACAACAACUAUAUACCUGACCAAGAAAGCCUGGAAGCAAUGCCUCGAGGAGGCCAUAACGCUGUUGCUCAAUACGAAGCCAAUAACGGCAGCAAUAUGAGCCGAGGACGGUCGUAUAAUGGCGGUUCUGAUCAGGGACAUUAUCGAAAUGGCCAGGAGCAGCAGCAGAAUGGACAUUCUUCUGCGGGACAUGAAAGGAUUCCAUAUCAACACUCGCUGCCAGCUCAUCAACAACCACCUGGUGUCCUUCCACCUGGUGUCCUUCCUCCUUCGCAUCCUACAUCGCCCUCCAUCUCACCCUCUGGAUCGAGCUCGCAGCUUGAACGAAGCCCAAGUCGCAAGGAUGGACUGACAAUCAAUGGCGCUCUUUCCAGCCCUACCUUUGCAGCAGUUAGUGAAUAUGCAUCUAUCAGUAAGACCAUCAAUACUGCUGCCACUAAAGAUGAAGAUGGGCCAAGUGGGAGUAAUACUAGCAGUACGAGCGGAGCGGGCCUCCCGGCUCUUACGAAGGUUAUUCAACCGUGGGAAAGGGUAGAGCGGAUCCAUCAUCAGGAUUGGUUUAGACCUGGACCACAUCAGACAGGCGCGCUUCAGACAUUUGAGGUGUCAGGGAUUUCGCCCUCACAGCAACAAGCUAUCCCGGUUCUCAAGAAAGGCUUGCAGCGGCCCAUAGAUGUUGUUCAGGCCCUCAAUGUGGACGAGCACUUGUAGGAGAUUGCUCUUUUUAUCGCUUUUUUAAUGACUUACGCAUAUUAUUUAAUUUUUUCGUUUUACCGUUUUGCAUAGCACCAUUCAAAUUAAUGAACCUUCCCUAAUGAAAACAUAAUGAUUAUUAUUACUAUUAAAG